CCGGCAGGCGGCGCUGGGGGCCGGCGGGCGGCGUCCGGGAGCCGCCGCCAUCGCCGCGCAACGUCCGGGCCGGCCGCUGGGCGCCGCCGCCAUGGCCGACGCGGAGGACGGCGACGAGCCGUGCGCCCUGCUGGCGUCUCACGCGGCCGGCGCGGGCGCCAAGGCGGCCGGCGACAAGAUGUUCUCGCUCAAGAAGUGGAACGCCGUGGCCAUGUGGAGCUGGGACGUGGAGUGCGAUACGUGCGCCAUCUGCCGGGUGCAGGUGAUGGAUGCCUGUCUUAGAUGUCAAGCUGAAAACAAACAAGAGGAUUGUGUUGUGGUCUGGGGAGAAUGCAAUCACUCCUUCCACAACUGCUGCAUGUCCCUGUGGGUGAAGCAGAACAACCGUUGCCCCCUCUGCCAGCAGGACUGGGUGGUCCAGAGAAUCGGCAAAUGAACCAGCAAGAGCCUUUCAGGGUGCAGCUGUCGGGACCCCCCGGGGGAUGCCGGCAGCAGAUGGCACUGCAGAGGGUCUACGGCGCCCGCCGGGUCUGCACCUCUGGCCCGCCGGGCUCGCAGAGGCCCGCCUGGAUCCUCGUUUUGUCGGUUCUAUUUUUUAGAAAGUCUCCACAAUUAAGAUGAUAAUUUAUUACAGAUGAUCUUCCCUACCUCUGUGCCAUGUGGCGCGUGCGGCCUCGUGUGGCCACCGGCUCUCCCGGGACCCCGGGCGCGUGAUAGCAGCGCCGGGCACAAGAGAACAUCUGCAUGCGCUGGUUGAUCGGUUUUUAAAAAGACAAUGUGACGGUAACCAAUAAAGUGC